AUGGCUAACUCAUCCGAGUUCCACCUGAUUAUCUCCUCCAUGCUGGUGGCUACACUCAUUGCUGCCGCCAAUGCCGGUAGUGCCAACCGUGAAAUCAGCAGGAUGUCGAUGAAGCCGGGCUGCCAAGGAUCAAUGGCAGAGUGUGGUGAAUUUGAAAUGGAUUUUGAAAUAAACAGGCGCAUUUUAGUUGCCAACAAAUAUAUAAGCUACGGUGCACUGCAAGCUAACAAUGUCCCUUGCUCCCUGAAAGGUGCAUCAUACUACAACUGCCAACCGGGUGGUGAAGCUAACCCCUACAGCCGCCAAUGUUCUGCCGUCACCGACUGUCGGAGUUAA